CAUCCAUCGCCAUGCACGCAGUCUCUUGUCUUCGGAGCUUGGGAAGCAACCGUGCAAAGCAAAGGCAGUCCAUGAGGAGGCUAGGGGUGGCCCUGGCGGCGUUGCUCGUCGUCGCAUGCCAGUUAUCCCUGGUAACAAUGGCGGCGGCACAGCUUUCGCCGCCACCGCCACCGGAUGAACAGUACGAAGAUCCGCCCAUGGUUGGGCUCCCGGUGACAUCGCCGCCACCGGGGGAAUACGACUCACCGGAGUCGCCGCUCCCGGAUUCCCCGCCGUCGCCGGAACCUGAAACGCCGGAGCUAGCACCACCAACGCCGUCACAGCAGCAGCAGCAGCAGCCGUGGCAGGCUCCAUUGCCACCAAGGAGGGAGCCGGCGCCGCCACGGACGGUGGUGCCGCCCCAGGAGCCGGCUUGGUCUUCAACGCCGCCGCCGCCGGCAACGAGGGUGAUCAACUACACGGCCACCGGCUGUACCACCAUGCUGGUGUUCGGUGACUCGACGGUGGAUCCCGGCAACAACAACCGGCUGCAGACGGCGGUGAAGGCCAACUUCUUGCCGUACGGCGUCAACUUCCUCGGCGGCAGACCCACCGGCCGGUUCAGCAACGGCCGGCUCAUCACUGACAUACUCGCGGAAAAACUAGGCAUAGCGAGGAGUAUUCCAGGAUUCCGUGACGCAAGGUUGAGGUCAGGACAGCUGAGGAGGGGUGUGAGUUUUGCAUCAGCAGGUUCUGGGUAUGACGAGACCACUGCCAGGAGAUCGAAUGCACUGUCAUUUCCCAACCAAAUAGAGGAUCUUUGGCUUUACAAAAGGAACCUGCAGAGAUUAGUUGGGCGAAGAAGAGCAGAACAACUUGUCAGGAGGGCUACAUUCGUCGUAAGUGCUGGCACAACAGAUCUGCUUUUUCACUACCUUGCCUCAAACCAGUCAGCAGUAGAGAGUGGCCCACUGUACGAAAACCAACUGAUAACACGCGUUGCUAACUACACCCAGGUGAUGGCAACACUUGGAGGAAGGAGAUUUGUCUUUGUUGGAGUGCCCCCAAUUGGGUGUUUACCUAUUGUUAGAACCUUGCUAGGCACAGGUACAACCAGAUGCCAUGAAAACAUGAACUUGCAGGCAACCUCAUUUAAUGACAAACUAGUUGAAGUGGUGCGUCUUCUAAAGAAUCAACCAGAUAUCAGGGCUACAUUUAUUGAUACUUAUACAAUCAUUGGCAAGGCAACGAUAAACCCCAAUAACUAUGGUCUGACAGAAACAUCAAGAGGUUGCUGUGGAACAGGAGUUAUUGAAGUUGGGCAAACAUGCAGAGGCCGAAAAACAUGCACACAUCCCAGCAAGUACAUGUACUGGGAUGCUGCCCACCACACGGAGAGGAUGAACCAAAUUAUCACAGACGAAGCGAUAAUGAACUCAAUUGGAGAAAUUUAUGUCUAGCUCACGAUUGUGUAUUCAGAUUUACAGCCCGAUGUCAAUUUAGCAUCCUGAUUCGCUGUGGUGCAUAUGAGCAUAUCGAACAAUCAGUACAAGAGAUUGAUUUUUUUUUCAUAUAAAUAUAUGCUGUCCGUGGGAGAGAGUGUUACAUCAUAGGCCAGGAGCUAUGACGUCAACAGAAGCAACCAUCUAUUCUACUUUCACUUUGUUUUAUAAUUUUA